AUGGCAGCACAACAAAUCAAGAUUGGUAUUAUUGGUGGUUCCGGUUUAGAUGAUCCAGAUAUUUUGGAAAAUCGUCGCAAAACAACUGUUACAACACCAUACGGUAAUCCAUCGGAUGUCCUUAUCGAAGGUGAAAUUCAAGGUGUCAAAUGUGUACUAUUGGCGCGACAUGGACGUAAACACAAUAUUAUGCCCUCCAAUGUGAAUUAUCGUGCUAAUGUUUGGGCCCUAAAACAGGCUGGUUGUACACAUCUGUUGGUGUCCACUGCAUGCGGGUCAUUGCGUGAAGAAAUUAAACCCGGCACAUUGGUUAUACCCAAUGAUUUUAUUGAUCGCACAACAAAGCGUUGUCAAACAUUCCAUGAUGGUGCGGCGGAUAGUCCUCAGGGGGUUUGCCAUCUGCCCAUGUAUCCAGCAUUUAAUGAACGUUGUAGACAAAUUCUAUUGCAAACUGUCAAAGAAUUGGGUUUCAAUGUUCACGAUAAGGCCACAAUGGUGACAAUUGAGGGGCCAAGAUUUUCAUCACGUGCCGAAAGUAAUAUGUUCCGUCAAUGGGGCGGCGAUCUUAUCAAUAUGACAACAUGCCCUGAAGUUGUGUUGGCUAAAGAGGCUGGUUUAAUGUAUGCUGCUGUUGCAAUAGCUACAGAUUAUGAUUGUUGGCGUGAGGGUUGUGAGAGUGUCAAUGUACAAGAUGUUUUGAAAACAUUCUCGGAGAAUGUUGAAAAAGUCAAACAGAUAUUGGUGAAGGCCGUGGUUAAAGUCGCGGCCGAGGAUUGGUCUGAAGCCAUUACAGAGGCAAAGGUUUGUGGUAUUUUAAAAGAAAAUAUCAAUGUGUUGUUAACAACACCAUGGGUGGCAAGUGAAAAUAGUUGCCAAAUGUGA